AUGACUUCAAACGCCAGAAGGCAGCGCGCAACCAACUCAGACAAGCACCUAAGAUACCGAGGGUCCAACGAGGAGCACGAAAGCAAAAGAGCAAGAAGGGAUUAUGAAAGUAGAGUCCAUACGGUGUCCCCAAGGCUACCCUUGAAUAGAUCAGCUUGGUCCUUGGUUCGAAUCACUUUUGACGAAAGCGAUUUUCAAGUAAGAGACUUCCCACAUUCCGACGCUUUCAUCGCAACAGCGAAUGUGGCUGACUUUACGCUGCAUAACAUUCUGAUAGACACGGGGAGCUCGGCAGAUAUACUUUUCAUCAAGGCUUUUGAGUCCAUGGGAUUGGAUAAGUGCACCCUUGAACCGGCAGGAAAAUCCCUGUUUGGUUUUGGCAGCAAAAAGAUAGAUGCUAUCGGCAAAAAGGCCAUUCCAGUAUCAUUCGAAGAAGGCAAACGAGUAAGGACAGAAACAAUAAUGUUUGAUAUAGUUAACAUGGACUACCCAUCACUACAAGAAAAAAUGGUAUUAAUGACGGAAUAUGUGGUCGUUAAAAGUCCAAAUGUGGUCGCUAAAAGUUAUUAA